UCUGUACAUUCUCAAUAUCUCAUGUUUUCCCGAUUCAGUUUGGUGGGGCUGAUCACCUUCUUUUUGUCAGAAUUCUCCCUCUCACCACCAAAAUCACCCCACCAUAAAGCACAUUUAAAUAAGACAACAUAUAAUUAGAUCAAAACAUAUUCUAGCAAUCACAACCCUUUGCUUCCUUUUAUUUUUAUUUUCACAUUAAAGAUUGUUUCUAGCUAGCUAUCUUUCAAGACAAAAAGAAGCCAUCUUUCCUUUAAUUUAUUCCUUUGUUCUCUUGCUUUAAUCCCUUUCUUCUUCUUCUUCUUCUUCUUUUCCUAUCUCUCUUCUCUAGAUGAAAUCAAUCAUGGCUAAAACCCCUCAAGACUCAUUCUCAUUCUCCCGCAGAUACUUCCUCUGGAAAAAGAAGGGAGCCGAAGAUGAAGACAACGAAAUGGAAGAUAUCUUGAAUUUGAGCGACGAGAGAGACAAGAUUUUCCCAAUGCAGCAAUCUGGGCGGAAAAAGAUAUCAGUGGUCGCCAUCUCGAAGCUGCGCGCGGCCCUCGCACUGGGGCGGGCCCGGGCGCCGUUCUCGUCGGGCCUGGGGGCCCGCGUGGUGGGCACCCUCUUCGGGCAGCGGCGCGGCCACGUCCGGUUCGCGUUCCAGGAGGAUUUCAAGGUGGCGCCGGCGUUCCUGGUGGAGCUGGCGACGCCGACGAGCGCGCUGGUGAAGGAGAUGGCGUCGGGGCUGGUGAGGAUCGCGCUGGAGUGCGAGAAGCGGGCCGAGAAGAAGGGGGCGAAGCUUCUGGAAGAGCCCGUGUGGCGCACCUACUGCAAUGGGAAGAAGUGCGGCUACGCUAUGCGCCGUGAGUGCGGGCCCGAUGACUGGAAGGUGCUCAACGCCGUCGGCCCCAUCUCCAUGGGCGCCGGCGUCCUCCCCGACGGCGAUAUGAUGUAUAUGAGAGCCAAAUUCGAGAGGGUUGUCGGCUCCAAAGACUCCGAGGCUUUCUACAUGAUGAAUCCCGAUGGGAAUGGAGGCCCCGAGCUCAGCAUUUAUUUGCUCAGAGUUUGAACUAUUCAUUCCACUUUCUUUUUCUUAAUUUGUGAUGCAAUCUUUGUUUCAUUUUAGUGGGAUAGUGGUCGGUGGUGGUGGCGGCGGCGGAGGUAUAAUACUCAAACAUAGUAAAGAAUGGAGAGGUGGGAAUGGUAUAGCUUGUGAAUAUUUUUUACUGCUUUUUUUAUUUUAUUUUACGCUAUCUGUGGAAGAAGCCAUGGGCGAUUUCAGUAGUUUAUUUUUGUCUGGUUUUUUAGUUGAAGAAUUUUGUGAA